CGUCAUGAGUGGCAUGCCCCUCCACUGCAGUGUGGCCAAUGGUUACCGGAUGCUAGAAGCCCUCUACCCCUACAACUGGGAGGCUCUGGACAAGGCCUACCACAGUGGAUACAGCGACGGCCUUCACUUUCUACAAACCAAUGACCUGGUCCUGCCUCUUCUGAACACCCCAUCAGAGCCUCACUCCUCUCCUCCUGACGGACGAACAGAUCUGGAGACAGACUGGGAGGAGGAGAGGGAGGAGGAAAAUGAGUGGCAAGAAAAGCAGGAAGAAGAGGAGGAAAGAAUAGAGAGGAGGCAGGAAAAGAUGAUGAGAGAGGAGCAAACGAAGGAGGAAGAGGAGGAGGAAGAGGAGGUAGAGGAGUGGUCCUCCCUGACAGAGUCCAGAGGCAAUCAGAGAAACUACUCUCUUGAAGGAGGAGAUCUACCCUGGAAUCUGGCAACCCCAGAGCUGGUCAUGUACCUAGCCCUGCCCACCUGGAUACACACAGCGUUGCUAUGCAACAUCAUGGGGUUGCUGUGGACCCACACCCCACUGCGUGUGAUGUCAUACCUGCUCCUCCCCUUCACCCUGUCACUCAGCUUCCUCCUUGGAAACGCGCAUAGGCUGGGUGUAUUAGGGUUCUGGAUCUGGCAGGACAUACGACAGAUCACAUUCUUUAUCAUCAACAUCCUGGUCUCCAGCCUCCACAGAAACCUAGAACACAGAAACACAUCUGAUGAUGAUGAUGCGGGUGGAGUACGAGGGUCUGGGAGAGACCCCCAGGGACAGGUGUUCCGCCUCCACCUAUCCUCCAUCUCCUCAUCCUCCCCCUCUCCCUCCUCUCCUACCUCCUCACCAGACUCCAACCAGUACACAGUCUUACUCCGCUUGGAUCUGGAGUGA